AUGCCUUCUUUAGACGAGGUAUAAAGUACAUUUAGUUUCUUUUUAAUACUUAGUGUUCGUGGAGUUCGAAAUGUAUUUAACUUUCUUCUUCCGGGCCUAUUUUUGUAGGGAAAAAAGUUCAAACCAAGGGUCUUAGUUUGGUAAGUCUGUAGGGUUAGCAGUUUGAUUUUAGGCAACAAUUUUUACUCAUUAACGGUUAAAAGUGACUUAGAACUUCUUUUUAAUUUUUAAUAAUUUUUUCAGGACUGACUUGACCCUUGACAAUGUAGUGAACAUCCAAAGAAGUGAAACCCCAGAAGAAGUUCAGUGGUUAGUAUUUAAUUUAAAAAUAAGCUAAAAUAACUGGCUUGUACAGCACAAAAUAGUUAAACAAUAAAAGAAUGAUAUAAAUAUACUGAUCAUGUAGAGGAAGGCGUUUCCCUUGCUCAGCUAAUUGGUUAUAGCUGGGUUCAAUGCAAGUUCCCCCACAUUAGUACAAUAUGCAGCUUUCUGCUGAAUUUGAUUCUCAGUUACCAAUACCUGAGUUGAAUUCAACUCCUCGUUACAGCCUGCGUACAAGUGAAAUCUAAUUUUUAUUACUUUAUGUUUUCUUAUGUUAUGAUAUUUUGUUUUACCUACUUCUCAUAAGCCUUGUUGCAUAAUUUUAGGUAGGAGUUAAUCAAUACAACUAGCAUUUCCCCCCUGAGCACCAGAGGGUUUUUUUUGUCUGUGGUGGGAUGCUUUGAUGUAGACUGCAGGCCAACAUUUCUUUGACCCAAAGAAUGAAAUGAAAACAAUAAGUCCAUUUAUUUUUAGUCACCUUUUAUUUUAGUAGGCCCACUUACCAGCCUUCAUUUGGGAAAAACACCUGGAUUACACCUCCAAAUAUUUAAUUAACUGUUUGAAGGUUACAGCUGCAGCUGGAUUGGAGAAAUUGCAAAAUAAAUUGUUGGCUUUUUUUUCUCUUAUAUUUUUUUCCUUUCCAAAAUGGCAGUUUACUGGCAGAUAUCUUCCACCUAAGUGACUGGAAAGAUGAUCUUAGACAGGGGAUUUUAGUGGAUCUCUAUUUUUAUACAUUGCAAUAUCCUUUUGUAAGUGCUGAUUAAGGGCUGAUGAUACUGACAGUCUAUGUGAAAUGAUGUUAGUAGAGAUUGUGUAUCUGUUAUGUGACGUGUACUAUGCUGCUUAACUGCAUAUGUACCAACUUUCUCGGAUCACCCAGGAGUCUCCCAGAUACAGCACAAUGUUGGUCUUUCAUACUGGCCAGCAAAUCUCCCAGAUAACAUCAAGCUUUAAUUUCAGAGCUUUUCUGUGCUUUAGUUUGGAAUUUAGCUCAAAUUUUCCCCUGAAUUCAAACCUUUUUUUUUUACGUUAUAAUAUUGUUAUUUCUAAUUUGUUUUCCCAUGGAACACUUCUUUAAAGGAGUUCUAAGAACUUGUUAAAAUGUGUCUGUGCAUUCCAGAUCAAGGUAGAAUUUGGAAGUGUUGGUUUUUAAGGAGAGGUGAAAACAGGUAGUAGUCAGAGAAAAACCUUUGGAGCAAGAGAGAGAAAUAGCAACAAACUGAUCUUAACCCACUUAUAGUGUUGACAUGGGGAUUCAAACCAGGGCCACAUUUGAUGGGAGAAGAGUGCUCUUACCACUGUGCCAGCCUUGCUCUUAGUAUGGUUUCUGGUGGCAUGUUUACUUAUAUUUAAUUAGUAACAUCGAUUAUUUUACCGUUAUAAGACUGAGUAUAAUAUCCUGAGACACACCCACAAUUUGCGGGUAUCAGUGGAGGGCUGGAUUGAUAUUUGAUGGGGUAACUGCAGAAAAAGACUGUCUCCAGAUUUUAGUUCUUCAGAGGUUGACAUAACUAUAUCUAGAAAAACAAAGUAUUUGUCAAUAACAUUAACUGAUUUUACUUGCAUGUAGGUUCUUUGACAAAAUAGUAAAACCUUAUCUUAAUUAGAAAACAAACCCUUAAAAAUAUAGCUAAAAAUAAAACCAGAAAUAUUUAAAGUAAUGGUGGCAAAAUGGGAGCAAUUGGUUAUGACAGAAUUUAUGCAAAAUAUAUUGUUGUAAGUUAUAGUACAUAAGAAAUUAAUGCUGGCUAGGAGCUGAAAAGUUCAAAGUCCCUUUAGCCGCAAAGAAACAUUGUCACCUUCAUGUAUAGUCAUGCAUGCCUGCACGGCUUUAAAUAAAUAUGAAGACACAGAGGUUAAGAAGUUUAAUUGUACAAAAUACCCAGAAGAAGUACAGCUAAUUGUAAUUUGCUACAAACUGUAUUUUUCCUUAACCUUUAACAAAUUUGCAAAGGACAAUGAAUUUUCAACUGAACAGACAUCAGCGUGGUUCUCUAUUAUCAAGUCUGUGCAUGAGAUGACUGUGGGUAAGUUUACAAUAUUAUUUUGCUGUAUUUCUGCAUUCUCAUUUGAAUAUUUUCGACUAGUGGCGGUGACUAUUGUUUAAUUCAUUACAAUGAAAAAGGUGGAUUUUUUCAGUACAUUCUAAUAAAAAUAAAAGUAAUAUCUUUAUUGCUUAUAAAGAGUUGCAGUAACACAAUCAUCAAAAACAAGAUACACUGUUUUUUUCUGAUAUUCAGACACCACAAAACACUGACUUUGAGGUGGCUGGAUAUCAGUUGAAACACUGAGUGGAGUGUUUUGAUAUAGCUGCUGAACUGAACAGUAAUUCUUUUUUUUUUUUUUUUUUUUUUUUUUUUUUUUUUUUUUUUUUUUUUUUUUUUUUUUUUUUUUUUUUUUUUUAUUUGCUUUACUUAACCCAAUAAUUACAAUAUUGAACACUGCUUACACUGCUUACAUUAUUUACAACAUUCAUACCAUACUUACAAUACUGACAAUACUUAUUGCUUACAUUGCUAACAAUAUUUCUGUUUUCAAACAUUAUUACAUUUCGUAUGCUUCAAGUACACAGUUGCAUCGGAAGAAACUUAUUUAAGGAUAGUUGGCGUUAUUGAGGCAGGAUAAGCUACGGAUGAAAGACAUAGAGAAUAUCAGGGGGCGUUGGGAAUAGCGCCAUGGUAGAAACGAUAGUUUCUACGUGAUGUCGUGUAGGAAUGACCAUUGUUUGGGCAGAACAUUGUUUGCUUCUGCUUGUGCUUGUAUGUUGUAAAUUGUCUUUAGGUGUUUGAGAAAUCCUUGCAAUAGAGGUAUAGCUUCUUUUGUUUUGCAGAGCCAGAUAUAGUGCCUGGCAAUAAGAAAACAAAAGUUGAUCUGGCGUUGAAGUUUAGAAGAGUCUGAUCUCAGGCCUAGUGAAACAGUCAUGUCUGCAGAGUAACUAUCGGGAAUAAUUUGGCAAAGUUUUAAUCGCGUUAUGAUGCUCUCCCAGAAGAGCGCCGUUUUGGGGCAGGACCAGAAAAGGUGUACGAGUUUUUCUGGUUCUUUUUUACAAAAGGAGCAGUUGGAGUUUUCUUUUACUCUUAUCUUAGUUAAGAAAGCGUUUGUUGGUAUUCUUCUGUGCAGCAAUUUAAAUUGAAAUUCCCUGAGUUUUAUGCUUUUUGUGAUUUUAUGAGCUAGCUGGUAGGUCGCACCCCACGUUAUUUCGUUUUGACCUAAGUUGCAGUCUUGAUUCCAUUUUUGCUGGCUUGUAGUAGGGGGGGCACUUUUCUUUGUAAUUAAUUUGUCAUACACCAACUUGCUUGCUUUUUGGGCUUUCAUUAGUUUUGUCGAAAAGCUUUCGUAACUAUUACCUUCGUUUGUGUGGUCACCUUGGUUGAAUGUGUUGCAUAGCUUUUUAAGAGCAGAAAUUAUUCCACAGUAUGCCAAGGGUUGGACCUUGAUGUCGUAUUUGUUUAAAAGUUCUGGUGGAGUGAGGAAUUUUCCUUCUCUGUUCCUUAAGUGCUUAACUUUUGUGAUGCCUUUACGAUACCAUUCUUUAAAGAAAAUAGGGCUGUCGUUAAUCCUUACAAGUGAGUUGUACCAUAUGCCUUGUUCUGAAAGCUGGCUCUCUGAUGUUAUCCUCUCUUCAAAAUUGAUUUCUGACCAGAUUAGGAGAAUUUCCUUUAAGAAACUGUCUUGCGUUUUGAAGAUAUUAGCUAUGUCUAUCUUAUUAAGGUUGCUUGUGAACGGUAGGGUACACUCAAACUUUUUCAGUUCAAGAUCUAGAAAAAGUUUCCAUUUACCCUGAUUAUCUGUAUCCAGGUACUUUUUUAUCCAAGUGGUUUUUAGCGCUUUAUUGAAAGAUAGUAUGUCAAUCAUUUUGAGGCCACCUGCUGGGUAAUUGUUAAUCAUAAUAUCUCGCUUUAUUUUAUCGCCCUUUCCGUUCCAAAGGAACAAGUAAAAGAGCUUGUUAAUCUCGCUAAUUAUUUUUUUGUUUGUGCACAAGGGUGCCAAGACGUACACAAUUUGAGAAGCUACUAAGCUUUUCAGAACAGUGAUCUUCCCACUUAAGGUUAAUCUACGGUAUUUCCAGUUGCUUAGAAUAUUGUUAAUUUUUUCCAGUUUUUCCUUAUAAUUUAGAAGUACAGUGUUUUCAGGGUCUGUCGUAAACCAAACGCCUAAAGAUUUUACUUUGUUUGUUUGCCAUCUGAAAUUUCUUUCUGGAAGAAGAAUUUCUGUUUUUCCACUAUAUGUUCCGAUCCAAAUUGCUUCUGUUUUUUUACUGUUGAGUUUGAGACCCGAGGCUUCUCCAAAAUCGUCAAGUGUGUUGAGAGCAGCUGAGAGCGACGUUUGUGAACCAUUCAAUAUUAAGGUUGUAUCGUCUGCGUAUUGACUUAUUUUAAUUUCCUCUUGGUUAACGUGUAUUCCUCUGAUAUUGCUGUUUCUUUUAAAAGCCUUGGCUAAGACUUCGACUGAAAGAACAAAUAGAUAUGGAGACAACGGGCACCCCUGCCUGACCCCUCUUUCAAUUUUAAAGAAAUUGCUUGUCCAGCCGUUGUUUAAGAAGCAGCUCUCUAUGUUGCUGUAAAGGCAUUUGACCCAGUUUACAACACUUGGGCCGAAACCGAAGUAUUGAAGAGAAUUUAUGAUAAAAGGCCAUUCAAUCGUGUCAAACGCCUUUUCGAAAUCAAGAAAUAAUAAUAGCCCUGGGAUAUUUUUUUCUUUGGUAAAACGAAUAACAUAGUCUAUUAAUCGUAUGUUCUCGCCAAUAAACCUGCCUUUCAUAAAGCCAGUUUGAUCACAGCUGAUGAGAUCGGGAAGAACCUUUUUCAGCCUGUUAGCCACAGCCUUUGCUGCAAUUUUGUAGUCGCAGUUGAGAAGAGUAAGCGGUCUCCAGUUUUUAAUGAAAUACGGCUCAGCGUCUUUCUUGGGAAUGAGUUUGAUUACUCCUCUUCUUUGUGUGAUGGAAAGCUGACUCGUUUCGUGCGCAUAAUUAAGAGCAUUAAUCAAUAAGUUUGAUAUGUUUGUCCAAAAUACUCUAUAAAAUUCUGAAGGUAGCCCAUCAGAUCCAGGGGUUUUUCCCUGUUCCAUGGUUUUCAGGGCUGCAAGGCAUUCCCUUUCAGUUAGCAGGCCUUCACAGUUGUUCCGUUGUUCGUCAUUCAGGACGGUGUCGUUUUCGUGUUUAAAAAAAUCAUAUGUGUCAAUUAAAUUGUGUAUAUUUCUGUUGGAUGUAUAUAGAUUCAUAAAAAAAGAUUCCCCUUCUGCUAAUAUUUCCUGAUCCGAAGUAAUAAAGUUAUUUUCGUCCACUUUAAGUUGGCUUAUAAUGCCUUGCUUAUAGUGUCUCUUUUCUAGGUUGAGGAAAUAUUUCGUAUUUUUUUCUCCUUCAUUAUGCCAUUUAAUUUUAGCUCUCAAUAUGGAACCUUUCGUACGAGUCUCAAUAAUUCUUUCUAACUCACUCUUUAGAUCAUUCAGUUGUUCUGCAAGUUCAGAAUUUUCUGUUACGCUAGAGUCUCCGUUCUCCAUUUUCGAUUCUAGUUUGGAAAUUGCAUGCUCUAGUUCUGCCUCACGGCCCUUUGUUUUCUUAGUUUUAUUCAUUGCGUAUUUGAGCGAUUUUUCCCGUAUUUUAAGCUUAAUCAUGUCCCACAAUAGAGCAGAGUUUACCAUGUCAUCAUUUUCAUAUUCGUCUUGAACUUCCUUAAUCGUUGUCUUAAUAAGAUUAACAUAAGCAGUUUCGGUUAAAAGAGAGGUAUUUAAUUUCCAAAGGCCGGGUCCUCUGCUAUUUGCAUGAAGAGACAGAUCUAAAGUAAUCAUGGAAUGGUCUGUUUUAUAUCCUGGCACUAUAUCGGUGUUAGUGACGUCCCCAAUAACGCUUUGGCUUAUUAAAAAGAAAUCAAGUCUACAGUAAACCUUAGGUUGUCGUUGUCUCCAAGUGUACCUUUUGUCAUCUGGAUUGUGAAUUCUCCAGACAUCGAGAAGAUCUAGGUUCUCUGAAAUUUCUUGAACGGUCUUCAAGCUAUUUUGGUGAGUUUUGGCAAUGCCACCUUUUUUGUCAUUUUCGAUGUUAAGAACAAGGUUGAAGUCACCGCCAAUUAUUAUGUCUUCACAAUUAAAAUUUAAAAGAUGAUCGUAAAAGUUUUGAAAGAAUGAAGGUUUAUCCUCGUUGGGAGCAUAGAUGUUAGCGAGGGUCAAAAGCUUUUCGUUAGCUUUUAAGUCACAGAUAAUAAAUCUCCCUGCAGGGUCGGUGUAAAGUCUUUGGAGCUGAAGGUUAAAAUUAUUGUUAAAAAGAAUACAUACCCCUGCUUUGUUGCUUUCAAAAGAGGUGAAGUAAGCUUGAUAGCCCCAUUCUGCUUUCCACAAGUGAUUUGUUUUUUCUAUACAGUGUACUUCUUGGAGCAUGCAUAUUGAUGGCCUUUUGGCGCGAAGCCAAUUAAAUACUUCUCUUCUUUUAGCGUCAUCCCUAAGUCCCCUGACAUUCAAUGAAGUUAUUUUCAAAGUCACGAUUUGUUCAAGUCUUUUGUAAUAAACGUUGUCUCGACGGGAAAAAAACAUGUGCGCCUCAAUAAAGGAUUUGCAUUCUUUCUAUUAGGUGUAAAAUGAUUGAUGCAAAAGGUACUCGAUAUUUUAAACAAAUAAUGAAGACUAAAACGUGCAUAUAAUAUUAGACUGAAGCAAAUGAUCACAAAAGGUAAAUUAAACAAAAUAACACUUUGAAUAAAUAAAAAAGAGUAGCGCAAAAACAAAGAACAGAGCAUAGACAAAUUUGUAGUUAGUAAAAUUAAAUUACUUUGGCAGCGAGAAAUUUGAAUGGUUGAUAAGACGUCCCUCUCCAGACUUAACGUAGAUUAUUUUGCCUGUUCAGUUUAUAAUUGAUCUAAGUCCUCUUCGGAAAAAAUUCUAACAGGGGAGCCAUAGGGUGAUGUCUUAACAAAAAUCUUACCAUCCAAAGACCAAACACUGAGUAGAGUACCCUCUUGUCUUCUCUUGUUCGCUUCUUUCAUGAUUCUACGCCUAUAAGCCGUGAGGUUCUCGUUUAUAAAAAUACGUUGUCGUUCCUGUGCAUUUGAAGGGUAGCUGGGAAAUAGAUCUUUGAUUUUGACAUCCUUUAGUUUGGUGCGUUCUUUGUAAAGUUUCGAUUUCACUUUAUGAUUGCAAAAUUUCACUAUAAUGGAUUUGCCCCGAUUCAGCUUGUGUGAAAUCUCUAUUUCUUCAGGCUCUAUGGUGAUAUUUAGGGCUUCAGCAACCUUGAUGACCGCGGCCUCCGUACUGGGAUACGCAUCUUCUGGAAUUCCAUGGAUUUCCAGCGAGUUCUUUCGAGUGUAUUGUUCCAAAUCAUCAUGGUGUUCCCACAGUCGAUCGGAUUCUUCUUUUUGCUUUCCUAGAUUCUCCUUUGUUGUUUUAAGCUCGUUCCUUGUUGAGGCUAGCAUGUGUUUUAAUUCUUUGUAUUCGUCCUUGGUCUUUUGCAAGGACUCUUUCAAAUCUUUAAGCUCCUUCUCGUAGAAGUUGGCAGAUUCUUUUAAUUCUUCGAUUUCCUUCUUCAGCGUUCGAUUUUCGCUAAGAACUGCAGCUAUUUGGAUUUGUAUGUCGACCAGUAGAGCCUUGAUUUCAAGAAGGCUAGGCUCUUCUUGUUCCUUGCCCGCUUCAAUCGGUUCUUCAACAUCAAUGUUUUCCUCGGCCGCCAUGUUGGAUUUCUUCGGAUUUCUUGGUUCGUCUUCGGUUGAGCCACGAUCACCUCUUUUAUUCUUUCUGGGAGGCAUUUACAUUGAAGAAGGUAGAUUACAUCGUCAGGGAGCCAGAUAGUGUAUUUUCAUAGGAGUAGGUGCCAGAGAGGGGUCAUCUUUGGCAAUGUUAGGCAGACACGAUGAAUACACGUCCGACCGCUGCGAUUUCCCGCCAAAAGUCAACAGUAAUUCUUGAAGAAAUUCAAAAGAAAUGUCUGCGAAAUUCUAUCAGUAGCAAUUAGUGUGUGAUACCAAACCUCUGUCAUGGCACUGAUUUUGUUUUCCCUUCAUGAGAAAAAUACUGUUUUAGGUCAAUUAUUCUUGGCUUAAGGUGUUUCUUAGUGCCUGUAUUUACAAUAAACCUUUUCAUCAGGGAGCACUAAACAUAAUAAUGUGUAGGUGAUUCUUUUUCAAGUUUCAGUCUGUGUCCAUCCUUACCAUUCAUUACAACAGAUAUGGCAGGAAACAGUUUCAAAUAAUGCCUUUUAGUAAUAUAUUCAAAAAACCAAAGCUGGACCAUUAUAAAUUGUCGGAACUUAUUAAUUUAUUAAUGCAAGUAGCGUGAAAUAGCCCCUUUGAUAAGCCUCUUGAUUGACAGAUACCCCAUAUGGAAAUGUGGAUCCAGUGUUUAAGUACUUCAAGGAGCUACUGUUAUGUCACUCUGUGAAGGUCAGUUAAUUGCUGCUUAAUUACCAUCUUUGAAAUAACUAGGUUAGCAUUUUUGUAGUCAACAUAAUUAAAACUUUCAGAACACGACAACUUGUUUUUACAAUGUGAUUAAUAUGUCUAUGCAUCCUUUAAAUUUAUCCCAGAGGCCUCCGUACAGUGUUGCUCUCUUCUCUGUUGAUCAAGUAAAGAAAUUAACAAGCUAUGCAGUUAAUACGUAAGCAUUAAAUGCAAUUUUGUUGUUGUUGUUUGAUCUUAUGAUUUUAAUAAUAGAGACGAUAGGUGGUCUAUUUUUUGAGAAUAUAAGAAAAACAUUUAAGUCAAAUCUCGCACUCAUAGUCUUUCUUGUCUUUGAAUCUAAAGAUCUCUAAUAACUAUUUUUCAGAAACAAAUUGAUUCUUGUUUCCUCUUUACAUCAGGUACUUUAGGCAUUUUAAAAUGUACAAGUAUGCAUUUACACCAAAGGUAAGGAAAAAAUAUGACUUUUUUUACUAGUCCUAAAACUGAUGUCUGAUGUUAAAGUUAAAAUGAUUUUUGGUUAGGGCUUUUAUAUUUUUAUUCAUUUCCAUAGCAAACAGCCUGUCAUGUUGUCACACCAUAUAAAACCUAAUGAGAAGUGAAAAACAUUGAUGUAUUACCAACAAAAAAAAUUAUUAUUUACUCAUUCAAAUUUCAAGCCAUGUAUGUCAUUUUACCACGUAUUUUUCAGCUCCUGAAUGUUCAGGUGCUCAUUUGGGAUUGCCAUAAUGAUUGUGAUAAUAUCUACAUUAUUAUUUCCUUUGUAUUAGGUACGUUUAGAUCUCAGUUUUGAGUAUGUUGGAUUACCCAAGACACCAGAACCUUCUGAAGGUAACAACAAGUUUUAUUCAUUUGUAGGCUACAUUUUUAAAGUACUAAAAAUUUAGUAAUUGAGUUAUAGGCAGCCAUCCAUCGUGCUUUUUAGCCUGGGAAAACAACUGAUAUUUUGCGAUGCCUCCACUGGUUUGUUGACUCUUUCCUUACAAAGACUCUGUUAUAGACAGUACUCUAGGUCUCAAAAAUACCAAACUUCAUUCAUUAAAUCUCUACGUCUACAAUAAAGUAUAGCUUUGGGAUGCAGACAUUAUACACUUGGCUCAUUCCUUUGGUGUCUGUAUUAAGGAGAUUUUUAAUGGCAAUUAAUUGCUUGUAAUGAGUUCAUCAAUAAGUCAAUAUUUGUACAGUGCCAAUAACUGCUACCUUUGAUUUUGUGGUAUUCAGUUCUAGGCUAGUAGUAGUAAACAUGCGUUCUUUUAGUAGUCUGAAGUAAGCGUAGUACAUUUAGCAGACUGUAUCCCAGCCAAUGUGAUGCUUCAUAAAUAAUGUUACAGCAAAUUGACUUGUUUGUGAAACUCUGUUUUAGUUGGUGAUGAGGAAAAUCAAGGCACAGUAGAGGCUGAGCAGGUCAGAUCACUGUUUGGUCAAUAAUUUUAUAAACUAAGUGAGCUACAGUCAUUUUUUUUCUCAAAAUCAGUCUUGCAAAGUGCAAAGUGCUGGCUUGAGAUUCUGGUGCAAAGUGCAUGAGCUUCAUACACUUACAUAUUAAAGAGUCAACUCCUCUACCAGUGCCACCUUGGGGACAAUUAUAUUGAGUAGCCUGUGGAGAGGGUGCUGUUAGGGGUAGGUAGCAGCACAGUGUAACCAGUUUGAGGAGAUGGGUAAAACAUUUUUAACUAGAAUGAUAUAAAUACUUGUGGAAUAUCAAUACAUAACCAAAAGUAUCAAAAUAUAUUAAUGAAGUAGAAACCAAAAUUUUCAGAACAUAACUGUUUAUAAAACAAAGCAGCUACGGUGCAAUGUGUGUGUCAGUUUGUACAUGUUUUGUUUUAAAUGAGAGGUCAUUUUGGCAGUUGGGACUGCAAUUUGUCAUGGUUUACCACAUGUUAUAGGCAGGUGGCUGUCCUGGAGAAGUGAAAAUAAGAGUGAAAUAAUGAACUGUCAACUCAGACAGUUGGCCAUCAGGGGGGGGGGGGGAGGGCGGCGGGGGAUUAAUGAACACAGCCUUGUACUCUUAAAGAAAGAUUUUUGAUCUAUUAGGCUUGCCUUUGACUAUUUUCCUGUAAUGUCACUGGCAUUUCUGUAAGUUACCAUUGUGUUUUCUACCCUUCUAUUCCCUAUAUUUUUUGUUCUUCUUCAUGUAGGGCUUUUAUGGUCUAUAAUGUUCUCAAUGGCAUCUGACCCCACUCAGAAGUUUCUGGUCACUAUCUUCAUACACCCUUUUCCAGUGGCCACAAGCUUGCUUUUCUUUUGUAUUUUUAAUCGUGAAUUUAAUGAAAUUUGAUGUGUUUGAAUUGUGGUAGAAAGUUUAAACAUGUGGAAAUUAAUCACAGGCAUUACUUUGCAGCUGCAAAAAGAAAGCCUGUAAUAAAUUUCAGGCUUGAACAGCAUAAAUUGCUGCUUUCAGCAUUGAAAGACACGAAAGGCAGGCACAGAAAAGGGACACAACUGAAAGUCUAUUUUAAAUUUACUACAGAAAACAGCAAGGAAACAUAAUGGGAUUAGGAGGAGAGCAAUCCUUUGAAGUUUCCCAGAUGAUAAAAUAGAUAUUCAAGGAUGAUUAAUAUGGACCAAGACAAAAUAGUUUUCGCAGAGCUGAAAAUUUAUUCUUUCCAUGAAUUUUUUUUAUUAUUAUUUUGAAAAGGCUGCUGACGAAGCAGUGAAAACUGAAGAAGCAGUAGCUGAAGAGGAGGAAGGUUUGAAUUAUAUUUUUACAAUUAUAUAAGUAAUCAAUUUUUCAGGUGCUUAAUGGUCAAGAGCCAUGGACGAUCAGAGCACAGGCAGGAAAUGAUAUGAUGGUGCCGCAAUUUUUUUUCUCUUUCUUUUAGGCAUCUAUAAAGAACUGCCAAGAAUGUUAUUACAAAAAACAAAUCAACAACAAUUUUCCAUCAUCUAUAAUCUUAUUUACCGUACGGAACCCCAUUAAUACAGUCACCAAUGGGCCAAAAAAAUUUGGCGGUGGUAACGGUGUGGCCGUAUUAUCAGGGCAGGCUCAAAUUUCAUGACUUGAGGACCGUACUGACAAAUACAUCGCUCAGCACAUUCGAAUUUCUAUAAACAACUGUUCUCAUUGAACAAAACAACUGGAAUGUAGAUAUCGCGUGCAGUAAUUGAAAAAAAAAACACUUCUUAAAAUUUCCCUUCAGUACAUAAGACACUUUUAAAAUAUGGCUAUAAAAUCGCAACAAGUGCACUUUAUGUGUACUGUAGGCUAAAAACAGUACAAGAACAGGCUCAGAGUACUAGGUCAAUAAAAUUAAGAGGGAAUCCAUCAGGAAACUGAGUAAUUUUUAUUUUCAGUGGACAAAAACCUUGUACCAGUGGAGAAUAAUUUAAAGCAUAUUGCAUUGUUUUAUACAUUUCUCAAGGGCUAAAGAUGUAAUUAGUCAUCUGAAUUAACACCAAAGAAAAUUUCUUAUGGGUGCCCGAGAAAAUGAAUGUCAAAUUUCGCAGAAUUACAUCUUACUCGUGAAAUUUUCAGAAUUUUACCUGUAUUUUCACAAUUCUUGUGAAAUAUGACAUUCAUUCAGUCUAACCUUAACCCUUAGCAUAACCUUAAAAUGGCCAAUGUUGGAGAGAGUAGCUGUUAGCAAAGAUUUCAGAUUUUUUAUUUUUAAUUUGCACCAUUAAGAGGUUACUUCAUAGAUUACAAUACAUUACAAAAGCAAGAAAAACAAAAUAGAACAACAAAUUAUAUAAAUCAUGAAAGGUGAAAUGUGCACGGUGACCAAAAGAGCUUAGGCUGUCAAGUUGGCUACUACCACGGGCAAUUAACUGGCGUAGAUGAUAUUUACAUAAAAUUACAAGUAACGUACAACGGAGAAAGGAAAAUUAAAAGUGCAAAACGUCAUACUUAAGAUUUUUUUUUUAAAAAACUAUAGAAAUGACUAUUCAGUGGUAGUAUGGGCAGAGAAAUCAAAUUACUUUAGUACUGGGUGUUUAAAAGGUAAACUUUGUAUUGCUUAUAGAAGUCGUUAUAACAUAGUUUUUGUAAUUGGGAGGACGGGUGAGGGAAACCUAUCAAGCUAGAUCAUCAGAACGAAAUUUGAUGAACUAUUAUAAUCCACUCACGUCCAUUUAACCCUUAAUACACGAACCAGUUGGACUGUUUCGCUGUCAAAAAUGCCACUGAUAGUCAAAAUUAAGGGAUCAGUUUUAAACUUGGAUAUGUUAGCAAACAAACCGGGCUGAUUUUCUUUUUCUCAAAGGAUUUUGAUAAGUUAAUAAAUUUUAAUAUGUUUGUGUUUAUUUUCAGAUCCCCCAGCGGUAAAGGAACUCAAGGCAAUAAUUAACUCCGCACUUUCUGAACAAGUUCAACAGGUAUUAAUUAACUUGUGACUUAAUCUGGCCUAAGAUGAUGUUGUGUGGGAACUUGAUACAGUCAAUCCUCCCUUACAAACACAAAUAAUAUGUAACGAUAAGUUCAUUUCGUGUUGAAUGACAACAAAGAAAAAAAUUUUGAGGUUGAAGCCCAACAUUUUCGAUAGCGCGAGAUAGAAAGGGGUUUUUCUUCGUCUCCUCAUCAUUGACCCGAGCUGGCCCGCGCUUCGCACUUCCCGUGGACCGUUAAAAUUAGGGAGCUUUCAAAAUUGGCAACGACGACGUUGACGGCAACGAGAACGGCAAAAAAAAGUAGUUUUGAUAAGCGAAAAACAACUUUUAACCUGCAGCAAGCUUUUUUGUACAUUUCUUUGCCGUCACUGCACUACUACUACAUGAAAUUCCCUCACAGGACGUUUUAUGGAGGUGGUAAACACAACACGACCAUGUUUUCUUCCUACUUUUAUACUUGGAUUCAGUCUCCAAGAAUUCAAUUCCAGGAAAAUUCACUUACAAAGGACAUUUUAAGCAAAUCGGAAAAAUAGCGACAAACUUAGAAAAUUAUUGAAAAAAGUCCUUUUGAAAGUGGCAUUUGAUUUCGCUGGCGUUGCUGCAUGUCGUCGAUGCUAAUGCUCCCUUUUAAAUACGGCGGGGGCGAUCACUGGAAGUUUCUUUUGGCUAGAAACGAGAUGAUAAAAUAUGUCAAUUGGAAUAAUCCAGGCUGAUAGUACCUUACAAUCAACAAAUUAUUUCCAUGGGGUAAUUCUGAUAGCUUUUUUCUAAAUCAUGUUACCAAAUUGUGAUCCUAGUAAUGUGGACAAAAAGGAUAUAGAUUCCCGUUUUGUUUACCUGCUCCCCUCCUCCAAAAGGCUAGCGCUUAAACUGGAAGAAUCAAAGAUGGCUGAUGGGCUUUGUUAGGCUCAUAAAGUUCAUUAUCUUGUCUUUUCGAUGAUAUAAACGUUAGACCAGUCACUGUUUGCUAAACCUGACAACCUGUGUUUAACUUUCGCCUUUUUCUUAGCUCAAAACCAGUGUGGACCAACAGAUAAAAGCAAAAGACGAAGAAAUGGCAAAGAAAAUGGGUAUUUCUACCGACGCUUCCGGCCCACCUAAAAGCCCAAAGCCGAAAGGAAGAAAGGGAAAAUAGGUUGUAGCUAGAAGAUAAAAUGCGCCGAAACAUGUGUACAUAUUGUCAGCAAUGUGUGUUGCAGUUAUUAACGGGGAAGUUUCUUAGACCUUUCCGUAUUCCGUUGAUGUUUUGCAUACCACAAACGAUUAAAUAUUUGUUUAAUGAUAUUUGUAUCCCAUUUAUAGGGAUUAAACUCCCAAUGUGUUGCAUAACAAUUAAAAUUGCCAC